GACGGACAGACGGACAGAAGGACAGACGGACAUGACAAAUCUUGUGGUAAACUUUAAUUGCACAAGAAGCUGCUUUUAAAAUAUUGAAGAAAACGGCGGUAAGAAAUCCUAUGUGACCAGCCUGGGAUAUCUUUUCAGAAUAUAAACAAAAUUUCUUAGUAAUUUUCUUCAUCCAAACUUCGGUCAUAUUGCUUGUUUUUUAAUUGUUUUAUUUUGAUUUCGAUGCGAUUUGUGUCGCGAAAUGGACAUCGAUAAGAUAUGCUUGACCUGCCUUAGCUCGACGGGUCCGUUUUUGUCCAUCUAUGACAACGGAUCGGGUAGCUGCCUGGCCGACAUGCUCAGGGAAUUCACAAAAACUGCGCCGCGUCGCCACGAUAAUAUGCCAGAGAAGGUUUGUCUGGGCUGUUUGAGUGAAAUAAACCACUGCUAUACGUUCAAAAUCAUGUGUGAGAAUUCCCGUCGAACUCUGCGCCAAUUGCUGCCGAAUGCCCUUCCAGAGGAGUCGGAGCCGGAUAAGGUGUUAACCAAGCAGUCGGUGCCCACCAUCGAUCAGGCAGUGCAGACGUCCAAUUGGGAGCCCAGCCGUUGUACGGUAUCCGCACAAACAGAUGAUGUGGUCUUAAAUGACAGCAGCCUGGCUAAGCGGAGGAUUUCAUUGCACUUGGACGACGGUGACGCAGACGGAGACGGUGAUGGUGAAGGAGAGGUAUAUGACUACGAGCUAACCGAUGAGCCCGUGGAAAAGGCGACCAGCAUAAUCCUGCAAGUACAGCAAAGCUUGAAAGUAGAAAAGGAGGUCGUCUUUACGCAGUCCAAUGUAAUAUAUGAGGACGAAGACAAUGAGUUGGAACAGCAGAUCAGGGAGUGCAACCUGGCCAUAUUUGACAGUGUCGAAAACGAGUCUGCAGAAGUCUCAGUGCCGGCUCAACAGGCGAACACAAGGAAAUGCCCCUCAAAAUUUCGUAUGCAGCAGCAACAGCAGGGAGAGGGGGAGGAGGAAAUUGUUAAAAAGGAAAGUCAGCCGUCGAAGAAAUCUCGUCGAAGAGCAGCAGAAAAGCAGGAGCUGCACACCACCUUGGCGUCGUCGACUUUUCCCACAAAACGAAUGGGGAUAGGAAUCAGCCACAGAUCUCUCAACUCUGUUGCGGUGUCCGCAGCCACUUCUUCAACCGCGGCUGGAGGAACAAGCCCAGCAGCAGCAGGAGCUGCGUUGGUAGCUGAGCUUAAAUACCAUUGCGAUCGCUGCAAUGCUGGGUUUGCAUUGGAGAAAUCCCUAAUUAUUCACAAGAGGCAAAACAGCUGCACGAACCGCAACUUUAAGUGCGAUGAGUGCGAACGUGUCUUUGUGUCGCCAGAUCAUUUGGCCGAGCACCAGGCCAACCAUGGCGCACACAACUGUGCGGAAUGUGGGCUGAAGUUCGAGUCAAAGGAGCAGCUGGGCAAGCACAUGGUCCAGGGCCACAAGCGGAAUCUACGCAACCAGUGCAACGUCUGCCAAAAAGUUUUUACCAUGCUGUCAACGCUGCGGGACCACAUGCGCAUCCACACCGGCGAGAAGCCAUUUGUGUGCAAUAUAUGCGGCAAGAGCUUUACCCAAAACGCCAAUCUCCGCCAGCACAAGCUACGCCACUCGGAAACCAAAAGCUUCAAAUGCGAACUGUGCCCGCACUCGUUUGUAACCAAGGCGGAGCUAGCCUCACACGCCCGCACCCACACGGGCGACAAGCCCUUUGAGUGCGAGGUGUGUGCGGCCAGGUUCACUACCAGCUGCUCCCUGGCCAAGCAUAAACGGAAGCACACCGGUGAGCGGCCCUACGCCUGCGAUCUGUGUCCUAUGAGGUUCACAGCCCUCAAUGUUCUCAAGAACCACCGGAGAACGCAUACGGGCGAACGUCCAUAUGUUUGUCCAUUCUGCGCGAAGACUUUUACGCAGCGCGGCGACUGUCAGAUGCAUCAGAGAACACAUCAGGGCGACCGUAUCUAUAUUUGUCCAGUAUGUAACGAGGAGUUCAAGACAAUGCCAGAGAUGCGCACCCAUUUGUCCGGCCACGACCAACACGACAAACGACUGGUGCAUUUUACGCUGAUUAGCAACAAAGAGAAUGGUAGCGGUGCCCUCGAGGAUGACCUCAACGAGAUGUCCGGGUCGGGACUGAUGAUAUGAACGAAUAACCAGUAAAAUUGUUAACAGCACAAAAUCGCAGGUUUUGCGUUAUUAAUUCGGUCUCUGAUGGAGAAGCAAGAAAAUAAAUAUGUAUAUGCAUCCCA